AUGGCUGCAGCGAUGGUGUCCAGCAGCGUGUCAGUAGAGAGCAGUUGUCCUCUGGGCCAGUUUCCCUGUGGUAAUGUCACAGUGUGUCUGCACCAGGCUCUGCAGUGUAACGGACAUAGAGACUGUCCCAAUGGAGCCGACGAGGAGAACUGUGGAGACAACAGUGGAUGGGCAGACAUCUUUGAUCGAACCAUCAGGAAGGUUGACCCACAGGUCCUACCGUUACCAGAAGACUGCUUUUUGCAGCAGUACCCAAAGCGUUGUGACUGUAUCAAGACAGAGCUGGAGUGUGUGGAAGUCAACCUACAUGACGUUCCUCAAGUCUCCACCAAUGUCACCUGGCUGUCUCUGAAGAGUAACGAGAUAAAGAGACUGUCUGACAACGUCUUCUCCACAUACACACACCUGCAGAGACUGUUCCUACAGAAUAACAGCAUCCAGACAAUCUCUAGUCAAGCCUUCAGUGGACUCUACAAACUAGAGCGACUGUUUCUCAGUCAGAACUCCAUCUCAUCUCUCAGUCCGGGUGUGUUCAGUGAUCUCCGUAACUUAUGGUGGCUGGUGUUGGAUCACAACCCUCUGAACAGUAUCUCCCAAGACACCUUCACCGGCCUCACCUCCCUCAUGUUCCUAUCCAUGGUGAAUACAUCUCUGGUGCAGCUCCCCCAGCCCAGCCUCUGUCACCACACACCUAACCUCAGCUGGGUGGAUUUUGAGGGGAACCAGGUCUUAACCAUCAACUACUCUACUCUGAUGACCUGCAACCAGCUCACAGUACUGCUCCUAAUGGACAACAAGAUCACAACUCUUCCUGAGAACACUUUUCAGUCUCUAGUGGUUCUAGAAGAACUAGACCUGUCGGACAACCGGAUUACUGAACUCCCCAACAACACCUUUAAGAGCCUAAAGUCUCUCGUCAAACUGAACAUAUCCCAUAAUCCUCUGUUCCACAUCCACCCGGGUCACUUUGAUCACCUGACCCAGCUCCAGUCCCUAGGUCUGGAGGGUAUUGAGAUUCCAGACAUCCAGACGAAGAUGUUUGUACCCAUGGGAAACCUCUCACACAUCUACUUCAAGACAUUCCAGUACUGUUCCUAUGCGCCCCACGUGAGAACGUGUAAGCCCAACACAGACGGUAUCUCUUCCUUCGAGGACCUGUUAGCCAACGUGGUGCUCAGGGUCUCUGUGUGGGUCAUGGCCUUCAUCACAUGCUUCGGGAACAUCUUCGUCAUCGGGAUGAGGUCUCUGAUCAGGGCAGAGAACAACCUGCAUGCUGCCUGCAUCAAAGUCCUCUGCUGUGCAGACUGUCUGAUGGGAGUGUAUCUGUUCUUUGUCGGUGUGUUUGAUGUGAAGUUCCGAGGGGAGUACAAUCGGAACGCUCUCCUGUGGAUGGAGAGUGUGGAAUGUCGAACCAUCGGAUUCCUGGCUAUGCUCUCCUCAGAGGUAUCAGUUCUGCUGCUGACAUAUCUCACUCUGGAGAAGUUUCUGGUCAUAGUGUUUCCCUUCAGCCACCUGAGACCUGGUAAACUACAGACUGUGGUGGUGCUAGUGUCUAUCUGGGUGCUGGGGUUCAUCAUCGCUGUGGUUCCCUUGCUGAACGAGGACCUGUUUGGGAACUACUAUGGUCGUAACGGGGUCUGCUUCCCCCUACACUCUGACAGACAGGAGAAACCCACUGCUAAAGGAUACUCUAUCGGAAUAUUCCUUGGUCUGAACCUGGUAGCGUUCCUGGUGAUCGUGUUCUCCUACUCCUCCAUGUUCUACUCCAUCUAUAAGACUGGUAUCAAUGCUACAGACUUGAGGAGCAGGCUACACCGAGACGUGGCUGUAGCUAACAGGUUCUUCUUCAUCGUCUUCUCUGACGCCCUCUGCUGGAUCCCCAUCUUCCUGGUCAAAAUACUGUCCCUGCUGCAGGUCGAGAUACCAGGUACCAUCUCAUCCUGGGUGGUGAUCUUUAUAUUACCCAUCAACAGCGCCCUGAACCCUAUCCUCUACACCCUGACUACCAGCUUCUUCAGAGAACAGGUGGAGGUACUGCUGUGUCGCUGGCAGAGAAGGUCGGCCAUGAAGAAGAACAGGAAGAGCCUGACCUCCUCACUAUACAUGGAGGCCUCACGGAAUACAUUCUAUCACCCCCCAGUCUACCUACUGAUAUGGACCCUCGCUAUGGGUGAGAGAGGAGAGGAUCCUGACUGUGGGUAGAAAAGGGGCGAGAGGAGAGGAUCCUGACUGUGGGUAGAAAGGGGGAGAGAGGGGAGUAGAGGAAGGGCAGUAUUAAUUUUACCGCCCCCUGAAUCCCACUGACUGAGAUAUGAAUGCAUCUCUCCACCUAGAGAAGGAGAGGAUAUAUUUUACCGCCCCCUGAAUCCCACUGACUGAGAUAUGAAGGCAUCUCUCCACCUAGAGAAGGAGAGGAUAUAUUUUACCGCCCCCUGAAUCCCACUGACUGAGAUAUGAAGGCAUCUCUCCACCUAGAGAAGGAGAGGAGAUAUUUUACCGCCCCCUGAAUCCCACUGACUGAGAUAUGAAGGCAUCUCUCCACCUAGAGGAGAGGAUAUAUUUUACCGCCCCCUGAAUCCCACUGACUUAGAUAUGAAGGCAUCUCUCCACCUAGAGAAGGAGAGGAUAUAUUUUACCGCCCCCUGAAUCCCACUGACUGAGAUAUGAAGGCAUCUCUCCACCUAGAGGAGAGGAUAUAUUUUACCGCCCCCUGAAUCCCACUGACUGAGAUAUGAAGGCAUCUCUCCACCUAGAGAAGGAGAGGAUAUAUUUUACCGCCCCCUGAAUCCCACUGACUGAGAUAUGAAGGCAUCUCUCCACCUAGAGAAGGAGAGGAUAUAUUUUACCGCCCCCUGAAUCCCACUGACUGAGAUAUGAAGGCAUCUCUCCACCUAGAGAAGGAGAGGAUAUAGCUUACCUCCAUCCACCUCUCCACCUCUACCCUGGGAGUAAGAGUAUCUAUUGCUCCUCUCUCGACACCUCCCUGCGUCUCCAGCCAGUGGGCUAGAGUACUACUCCAUAAUGAACCAUUCAUUUAAUACCAUUAAGACCAGGACCCUGGAGAGGGCUGUUUGAGACUAUUACUGCUGCAAAUUCAUUGCUCUUUGGGGACAAUAUUGAUUUGUGCUCAAAGCUCCAAGCUCUUCACUGUACACUAUGGGAGAAACUCCCCUCAUCCACUACAGUACUUACCAUGUAAAGGAAAGGGAAAGGGGGAUACCUAGUCAGUUGUACAACUGAAUGCAUUCAACUGAAAUGUGUCUUCUAGCAGG